AUGAUGAUAGCAUACGGUGUAUUGGGGAUGGUCAGCUCACCCGCUGCUAGCACAUGUGUGAUAUCGGAGGCAUCGCGCGGAACGAUUCCGCCAAUAUCGUACGGCCUCAGCAGGUCUUAUGCCCUCGACACUUACCCUACUGAGGCUAGCACUUCAUACUUCUCUCCAUCAUUUCCACAGGUACCCGUGCAGAAUCCAUCAAGAAUCACUGAAUGGGAAGAGGGAAAGUGAGGUGAGAAACACGCCUGUACAUGCGCAAGAACUCGCUCAC